AAACAACUGGAUGACCAGCAAGUCAGGUGAGGUCUGUUUAAAAAUACUACUCAUAGUAGUUAAGGUCAUCCGAAGGUCGAAAUUCUUGGCAAACUUAUAAGAAACGCUCCACAGAGGCAAAACAAAUGGCAGAGACAACACUACGACGUUCUAGACGCUUGAAACAAGCGAUGAAUCACGUCGACAUUCAAAUCGAUCAGGCUCGUGCAAUCGAGCAGACUGCUUGUGUCUAUUCAAACACAAUAGAUCGUGAUACGGACUUUGUCUUGUACGAUGCGAUGAAAUGUGCAGAUUUAAGGCGAUUUCUAAAAGACAGGGGACUUUCUUCGAAGGGAAACAAGGCUGCUUUGAUAGCAAGACUACAAAAGUCUGAUAGCAUGAGCAAAGUAAAACAGAGGAAAGUCUCCAAAAAAGUUGACAAAAAAGAAGAAGAUGCACAAAAAGCGUUGAAAGAACUAUAUAGAAUAGAUAGAGAAGAGAGAGCUGGUAUUGUUCUAUGGAGGCGACCAUUCACGACACUUUAUUAUUUCCUAUGUGAAGUUAUCAUCAAGUUAUUUAAAUUACUAGUUAGGUUAUGGAAUAAUAAAUUUAAAGUAAUUAUUAUCACAUUACUAGCUGUAUCGUUAUUUGUAACUUAUCAUUCACAAGGAUCACAUCAGAGGUAUGUGACAGAAGCGAGGAAGCAAUUUUUAUGGUGUUUUUACUGGGUUGGAUUGGGUGUACUUUCUUCUGUUGGUCUUGGUACAGGCUUACAUACAUUCCUAUUAUACUUGGGUCCACACAUAGCAGCAGUAACACUAGCAGCAUUUGAAUGCAUGUCUGUGGACUUUCCAGAACCACCAUAUCCUGACGAAAUUACAUGUCCUGAUGAGGAGGGUACCUCCAUGAAUAUAUUGACAAUCAUGAGUAAAGUCAGACUUGAAGCUUUUAUGUGGGGUAUGGGUACAGCUAUUGGUGAACUGCCACCCUAUUUUAUGGCAAAAGCAGCAAGACUUUCCGGUAUUGAUCCAGACGAUGAAGAGUAUGAAGAAUUUGAGGAAUUUCUCGAGCAUUUAGAAGACGCCCAGAAUCAGGACUUUAUAACACGUGCGAAAGUUACAGUUCAGAAUAUCGUACAAAAGCUUGGUUUUUUUGGUAUACUUGCUUGUGCUUCUAUUCCCAAUCCGUUGUUUGACCUUGCCGGAAUUACAUGUGGACAUUUCCUAAUUCCAUUCUGGACAUUCUUUGGUGCUACUCUCAUUGGUAAAGCUAUUAUAAAGAUGCAUAUACAGAAGAUGUUUGUUAUUACUUUAUUUAGUGAACACCAUGUGGAAUACCUUAUUAGUCUUAUAGCGAAUAUUCCAAAGAUUGGACCAUCUUUACAAGCACCAUUUAAAGAUUAUCUUGAAAAACAACAAAAAAAGCUACAUCAUAAGAUGGGUCCUCAAGUCUCAGAUUCAGAUUCCAACUGGUUGUCAUGGAUUUUUGAAAAGGUUAUUAUCAUUAUGGUCACCUAUUUCCUUAUUUCAAUUGUCAAUUCCAUGGCACAGAGUUAUGCGAAGCGACUUCAGAAAAAUGCACGAGAUAAAAAACAACAAACUCAGUAAAGAUUGUAAAUUCAUUGUAAUAAGUGCUUUCAAUUGUGUUCACUUCAAACUGAUCUCCUAUUCAUGUUAUAAACAUGAAGAUUAAGUUAUAUUUCCUUCGCGUGUAAGGUUCACCACAGUACAUUGUUUAAUAGCGUUUGUUUCAAGUGAUGUUACUACAUCAUGUGAUUAAUUAUUCAUAAAGGUGUUUGAUUUGGACGACCAAAUAAAAAAAACUAAAAGAA